GCGUUCACUUGUCACAAGCAGACAGGCAGUGAGGCACUCAAACAGUUAGACAUUUCAUAAAAUUUCGACCGGCUUUGGCUUUGCAACAAAAUAAGGUUGAAAGUGCGGUGUGAUUUUCUAUCCGAAUAUUACAUUGAUUAUUGAAACUGAUAAUGGCAAACGUUCCUGAUCCUGUUGAAGUCUUGGACUUCAAAAUGAAACAGCUGUGUAAGUUUAGAGUCACUAAAAAGGAAUAUGAUGUACAGGACACCACAUCAUUGCUGGCUACUUCUAAUUUGUUUGGUCUGAUCUUUGUUGGGACACCUGACAAACUUGUUGUCAUCAAAGUUUCAGAUCUUAUACAAAUUGACAAUACAACAUCAAAAAAAUCAGAAAUAUCAUCAUUUCCCAUCAAGGAAAUUCUUUUACCCAACAAACCUAGUUUUGUAACACUGAGCUCUGAUAAUCUUACCUUAAUGGUGUGCCUUCAAAAAUCUGGAUGCUCAGUAGGUUGGAUGUAUGAUGUUCGUGGAUUUGCAAGACAGUCAGGUGAAUGGAAUCCCUUCCAGGAAGUCAGGCUUUCGUCUACUGAUGGAGUUACUGUGAAAGAUUGUGCGUGGAACCCUGUUAUACCAACUCUAGUAGCUGUCUGUCUUAGUGAUGGCUCUUUAGUUGCAGUGGAGAUCAACAACACUCAAUUCACUAUAAAUAGCCUUCCAUCAAGUACAGGAGCCCAGUCAGUCUGUUGGAGUCCCAAAGGAAAACAGCUAGUUGUGGCCAGGCCUAGUAAACUAGUUCAGUAUAAGCCUGAUUUAAAGGAAGCCAAGACUAUAGCGUUUAGUGGUAGCGAUGUCCAUAUGACUCAGCCAAUGGUUUGUGGACUUCAGUGGCUUUCUACAACUCAGUUCCUUGUAACGUUUGUUGAUCAAAAUGAACCCAAUUCUCGUCCCCACCUCUACAUAGUCAACGUACAAAAAUCGGGGGCAACAACUUUCAUAGAUUAUGACGAUGUUUGCUACGGAAGUCCGUCUGAAAGACCACACAGUUAUCUAACAUUGAGUUUAUCCCCAUGGAAUGUGUUAUUGGCUUGUUCAGCUAACGCAAUAGAAGUUGCCGUACUAGCUCAAACAGGAGCUGGAGAUGCUGAUCACCCUGAAUGGAGGCAAUGGGCACUAGAAGGUGAAUGGCGAGCUGAACUACCAUUAAAUGAGAAUGCUGAGACUAACCCGUUGGGAAUGGCCAUCGAUACCACUAGCCAAAUUCCAAUCAGUUGGGAUGACAAUCAAACUUUACCGCCCGCACCCAUUCUUUUCAUACUCAGCACUCAUGGUCUGCUUUGCCCGUUUCAUGUUAUCAAUCUAAAGAACGGUGCUGCCAAAUUCAAUCAGGCUCCUCAAGAAUUGUCGGUCACUGGUGAGAGACCAGCGCUUAGUGGAAUUGGUCUCAAGGCGGCUCCAUUAGCAGCUUCCACUCCAUUACCUGCUGCUGGUAAAAUUGCAUUUCCUAGAACAAAUCUUGGAGAACGAUUUGCUGCAUUUGCGGAUGCUCCUUCCUUAGCAGUCCCAGUUACAACGAAAUUACCUUCAAAUCCGCCUAUUUCGGACUCGUUUUUGGGCAACAAACCCCAACUUCAACCUGCCUUACCUUCAGUGACGAAAGUUGCAACUGCACCUGUUGUACCAGCUGUGAAGAUAGAAGCGGUUCCGGUUGUCCCGAAAGCUACUCCACUUACUGUCAAACUUACAAGUCAAACUCCAAUCGCAGAUGAAUCUAACAUCCAUUCAUCCAUGGGCGCUGCCGCUGCAAUAUUACGUGACGAAGUGGCCAAAUUCGUUCAAGACUUGAAGGAAUUCAAAGCUCGUUCGUUGACUUUGAAAGUUACGAUCGCGAGUGAUGAGGAGAAAGAACGAUUGUUAAAGAUGACAUCCGAUCUGGCUGAGUUUGGUGUGGAUCUGGUCGAUACUACCAAAGUGCAAGACGAAGAAGUUCGAGGCUUGUGCACUGAUUUGGUAGAAGUUGCCGCCCUUUUGGAAGAUGCCCGUGUUCGACGUGCUCGUCGCAAAAAUUCUCAUUUCUGUCAUUUGCUCAAGUUACGGCCUCUAGAUCCAGGCAAUCGCAGAAAAAUGGACGGCAUUGAGCGCUUGCACGUUCACAUAGAACAGCAGCUUAUAGAAGCUUCACGAAGCCUAGAUUCGAUUAGCAGAGACCGUACUAGAGACACCCGCAAAAUUGAAAUCCCAAUAACUCAGGUUAUUUAUGAAGCAAUUAGAAACAAUACGAAAGUAAUAUCACAGUUAAAAUCUCGUGUUGAACGAAUUAUGGUUCAGAGCAAAGAACAGCAACUGAAACUCGCCGGUGCAGCCUUCGAAGCUUUAAGACCAAAGAGUGGUGAUGAGUCAAGAAAAUGGGAGUCUGAACUGGCUGUUCUGGCUGAUUCUCUUUUGUCGUCAAGUAUAAGAGGAGAAGGGGAAACUCAAUCACACCAUCCUGUGAUCCCACAAGUAUCACCUGAUAAACAAGCAAUGUUAAGGAGUGUAUUAGCGCAUAGACCGGUAGCUCGGAUUCGAGCCGUUCGCCCAGAAUCAGUUGCAGAAUCACGCUUGCUGUCAAAUCUCACCGGUUUCAUUCACGGUGAAGAUAAGAAAGAUACUUCUUCAGUUAGUCCUAAGAUUUCACAAGCUCCUUCCAAGACCAUAUUGCCCACUGUCAAAAGUGUAAGCUAUUCGACGCCACAGGAGAUUAAAUCAGACCUGCCUAUGCCUAAAAUGGGGUUACCCGAUCAUGGAUUCAAUGCUAAGGUCUCUAUGGCAUCGUCUCGAGUGGAUUUUGCCAAACCUACUCCACGUCCGCCCUCCGAGGUCGAAGAUGUUACUCCGCCGUCUUCACCAGUUAACUUGGACCAAAAGGCCAAAUCUCUCGGCAAUCAGCUGAUGAUGAGCAGUUUGAGUUUACCCUCGCGCGCUCCCGUAACUACCGUGGAAGAUACAAAGCCGGUGUCUAAAAUGGCCGAUUUGAAACCAGUCGUUUCUUUGCCUACUUCGCUUCCACCACCUUACGAGCCCAAACCUUCUUUCUCUUCAGUGCCCACGUCAACACCUAUGCUUUCGUUUGGUGCUCCCAAGAAAGACCUAAACUCACUCGGAUUAGGAUCGACCAGUUUGUUCGGGAAAUCUUCCUUUGGUUCCGCAUUUGGCGCUGCUGCAUCCCCUUCUACGACUAUUGCGGCUGCAUCAUCUAAACCAACAGCCGAAGUUACAUCACCAUUCUCAACUUCAGGAACGCCGGUUACCAGUGCCGCAAUACCGGCUACGUCAGUUCAGCCGCAGACAACUAAGGUUGUUUCUACUUCUUCGUUUGGCUUCUCUGCUCCACCAGCUUUAUCAGCCUCCGCUUCAACUCCGUCACUGGUGGCAUCGAAACCGGCAGAGCCAGCCCCGACUUUAAAAACAAGUUUUUCUUUCAAAGAGCUUUCAUCUCUCUCUGGAUCUGCAGCUCCGGCUUCCAUUACCACAACAACCGUGACGCCGGCUGCAGUAACACCUUCAAGUUUUACGUUUUCUUCUACCUCCCUAACACCUUCAGCAGCAGCAGUAACCUCUGCUAUCGCCGCUACUCCCUUGCCGAUUGUAGCGCCGGCUUCGACCACUUCCAACACUGAUGAUUCAACUACCACCGUUAAACCGUCUGUCGCACCGACAAAUUUCUCUUUCAGUUUGGCUGAAACUCCUAACAGUUCCAGUACCAGUGUACCAGGAGCUACUGCUCCUUUUACUUUUAAUCUCUCUGGAACCGGUUCAGCUACUACUAGUUCCACACCCACAGGAUUUGCAGCACCUUCUUCCACUCCUGUUGCUGGGUCAUUGUUCUCUUUGACUCCAUCAAAUAAAGCACCCGUCGCCUUUGGUGUAGUUAAUACUUCAAGUGUGUCCAGUCCCUCAAUCUUUGGUCAAGCAGCAGCACCCGUUGUCCCAACAACGACACCAGCGGCCACAUCUGUCUUUGGCCAAGCACCACCUCUAGUUCCCGCGACAAGUACCUCCGAUUCAGGCGUGGCAACUUUAUUUGGCCAAAGCAAACCAAUCCAGAAUGUAUCAUUGACUACUGCUGCCCCUGUCACUCAAUCCGCUCUUGGACUGGCAGUUGCUCCCACUAGCACACCUUCCGCCUUGUCGCCAGCACCAGCCACCACCACAAUUUUUGGUCGUCCAUCAGCAGCCCCUGGAAGUUUGUUCGGUCAGUCUGUAACGACUGCCGGACCUUUCCCAUCUUCCUUCGGACAGAUUGGGUUUGCCCAGCCUACUUCAACAACUUCGACUACAUCAAGCACCUCAGUCUUUGGACAGUCAAGCUUUGCCAAACCAGCUCAGGCUAGUGGAGUACAGCCGACUUCAUCCUUUGGUUCACCCUCCGUGUUUGGGCAAUCAAGUGGUGGAACACCCAGUGGAUUGUUAGCAGGGAGCGUUUUUGGACAAGGUGCGGCUCCAGCAACAACCGCGAUCAAACCGCUGUUUGGGGUAUCUACAUUUGGACAAACAUCUGUGAAUGCUCCUACUUCUUCAGCUCCAAAUGCCAACCAAGGAUUUGGUGCCGGUUUGUUUGGUAGCAUGGGACUCGGUGGUACCCCAACCUCUGCCAACGCUAACCGCAAUGUUUUCGGCGGAUCGUCUGUAUUUGGUGGUGGCACUCCAUCUGGUCAAGGAACGUUCGGAGCGACUUCUGCGCCAUCUUCUUUUGGUGUUCAACCUACUACUGCUGCUCCAGCUUCUUCGUUUGGCAGUACUUCACCGCCAAGUUUUGGAGGCUUUGGACAAGCCCAACCCGCAUUCGGAGGAGCUGCGACCUUCGGUGGUUCCCCGCUAUUCGGAAGCAAACCGACGUUUGGUGGUGGAGCAACAUUUGGUUCUCCCGUAAACAGCAAUGUUGCGCCAAAACCAGAAGCGGGAUUUGGUGCCUUUGCUGCUUCCAGUAACGUCCCUACAUUUGGAGUACUUGCAAACUCUGGACCAUCUUUUGAAACUUUGGCAAGUAGCGGUAAUGCCCAACCAGCCUUUGGAGGUGCAGCUUUUCCAGCAAGCAAUCCACCAUCAUUUGGAGGGGGAAGUUCUUUUUCGUCGUGGCGUUAAAUUCGUUGAAAGCUUCCUCUAUUCUGGCCAAAUUUACACUUAUAGUUUUCUUUUAGAUUGCCAUUGAAAUUUUGGAAAUGGAAAAUACACGCGUCCUUUGUAAA